GAGACCACUGAUAGGAAUCCUGUCCUGAUAAGAGGGGCCUACUUGUCCUUUCUGUAUCUGCGCCACCUGCGAAUCAGGGAACUGCAGCGCAUCUGCUUAGGAGUUCUGAACUAUUUCAGAUCCAUUGAGCGAACCCUGACAAUCAACACUUCGGGCCUUACCUUGGUUUCAGGGAACCUGGUUCCCACCAUGGAGGAUAGUUCCUGGGUAAAUAUGGCAAAAGGAGGCCUGGGCACCUUGCAUGGCCUGGGAUCUGGCCACUAUGUCCGUGGGUCACCUGCUGAGCACAAGGUCCACAGCGUCCAAUUCAUGGAGUUCUCGGAAGUGGAGAACCAGGAUGACUACUACAGCACAGGAGCUGGCUGCAUCCACACCCAGGACCAACGAGGGGUGCAUGUCAUGUAUGAGGCAGCCUUGAGUGAUCUGAAGGAACUGGAGGCAGAGCUGCUGCUCGUGGCCAGCUGUUACAUUGAGAAAGAAAAGGGUCACAAAGAGGGCUGCGAAUCAAAGAGUGGGCAGGACGGGGGAUGGGCCCACGCAGGUGUGGACAGAUUUGCUGUGCUGUAUGACAUGUGGACUUGGGAAGCAGCUCUUCUGGAAAACAAGUGCCAGCUUCUUGACAGUUACUUUGAAGCCUACCAGCACACGUUGGACCCUGAGGAGAGGUUUGCUUUAGCACAAGUAAUGACAGACAUCAUGCACCGGCGCCCAAGGUUUGAUCUCAGCCACUCUUAUUUUAUUAAGGCCUACCAAGAUGAAUGCACCUGCCUGAGGCUUCACCUGCAGCUAGUGAGGGGCAUCCUCAACCAGCAAAUAGAGCAUCAGAGGGAGUAUGUCCGGAGGCUUUGGCGAGAUGAUCAUCUAGACAAUAGCAAUAAAUUUGGACUUCCCCUUAACAUAAUUUGCAAACAACUUAUUUCUAUCAACAAUAGCUACCCAGCUUUGAAAAACGUUUAUCUGCUGGAGUUCCACCCUUCCCUCGGCCUGGCGGCACUCAUCCCCAGAGCCCUAGAGCAUCUCCUCCGAGAGGCCUGCCACACCUGCAGACUCACGUCAGCCGGUGACCUCGCCAUGCUAGAGCGACGUGUCCUGUGGCUGGCCCUGGACCUGUGGCUCAAUCCAGCCGAGCCCGAGGCCUGGUAUAGCACUCAGCUCCAGAAAGAUCUGUUUUCAGCUAAAGUGAUGGGAGAUCCCUUUCUCGUGGAGGAAAUAGGCCUGCUUGCACUCAAGUCUGCAGCAGAUGAAGCACAGAAACAAGGACAAGAUUCUCUUGUGCUGCAACUGGAGACGUUUUCCAAACUUCUGGAACUCUUGACCCUCCGCCACCGGCUGGUAGAACUGAGUUUGGAGAGUGCACACUUAGCUCGGCUCUAUAAGGAAUUGGCGUUGGAGAUGGGUUUUGAUGAGUUCCAUUUGUAUCUGAGGCCUGUUCACUUUGAAUUUGCAUCACACAAGGACAAGGUGGACCAACCACCUCCUGUCUUUAUAACCUCUCUGCUGGAGGACAGCAGUCGGGUAGACAGAUAUUCUCCUCCUACUUUUGUCUUAGCCAUCUCUGAGUUAGAUGAUAACCAAGUUGGCAAAUUUAGUUUUUAUACAAAAGAAGCCAUCCUUAAGCUCUUGUUCCAUUCAGGAGUGGAAAAUAUACAAGUGACCCUUGCAUGCCAAGCUGCUCAUAAAAAUGCUUUGAUGGUGGCUGUCCAGCAGGUGUACUUCUAUCUAGUCCCUCGAGGGGACCAUCCUGCUGAUGUCAAGGUCAGCCUGCUUGAUAGAGAAGCCGGAGUCAUAUUACCACUACCACCAGCUAAUGUCAGGCUUCCCCUUCCUUCCUUCCUGUUUCCCCUUCUCCCUUUCUCCCUUUCUUUCUCCCUCGAAAUAAGUUUGGAUCUGAGAAAUCAUGGUGGCUUGGGUCCAACCAGAAGAAGACAUUCCCGAAUUGUGAAUGGUGGAGAGAGCUUGCUGUUGGCCCCAAGUCCAAAAGCCCCAGACACCCUUACUCAUUCUUCAGAAAGAUUUCAGGCUACCAGAAGGGCUCCAGAGGCUUUUGUGUCUAUUCAGCUAGAAAAGGUGGGUCUGCGGGACAUGAUGCUGAACACCUUCCUCCUCAAGCAAGAAACCACGACCGACAGAAUGAGGAGCCCCGUGAGUGUGCAGUUUAACCGCCACAUGUCUCACUAUGCUCUACGGGGUGAGAUCAUGGCAUACUGCAACAGCCUGAGAGCCCUGCUGGAAGAUUUUCCUACCAUCAGGGAUACCUUUUUCAUGGCAGGGCAGCCACAAGAAAAGAAGGGGUUGAGGGACUCCAAGGAGGGCCUCAAGGCUGACCCCAGAUGGCUGAGUGUUUCCUAA